AUGUCUGCGUUCUCUGUUGGCCACCGCCGCCGUGAGCGCGGGUCGGCCGACGAGCACACCGACACCGACCGCGACCUCGACCGCGACCGGCUCCAGAAACGCGACCGCUCCCGCUCGUCCUCGCACUCGCUAUCGCUGCCCUUCUCCACCUCCUCGCGCUCGCGUUCGGUCGACUCCUCCGCCUCCUCCUUCCUCUCCCGCUUCCGUCGCUCGUCUGUCUCGACCGCCGGCUCGGACGGGCCUACGACCCCCACAGAGCCGCUCAUUCCUGUCCCGCCGCCCGUCAACGCGAAGAAGCAAGCCAAUCGCAGACGCGCGCGCACUCUCGAAACCAUUCCGCAGAACGCGGCCACCACCCACUCGCGUCCGCCUCGCAGCCUCCGUCCUCACCGUCAUUCGCACUCGGCUACUCGUUUGAAUAGCGAAGGGUCGCAUGGAUCAUCUACCUCUCUUCCGCACCGACUAAGCAGCUCGCGCAAUUCUGUCUUCUCCUUCCAACGUCGUAACGUGCAGGACCUCUCGCGCUCCAGGGUCACGUUCGAAGAACCCGACCAUCCGCUCCAUGAGACAGAUUCCACCACCUCUCUACGUUCGAGACCUGUGUCGCCGUCAAACGACUCAUUUCCGAACCUACCACCGCCGUCCGUACGCCUCAUUACGCCGGAUCUGCCUCCUCAAUCCUAUCGUCCGCGCUCGCUGAUGUCGUCGCUAUCCGAAUCUGAUAUCCAUGUGUCCACCACAGACGAUGAGAAUAGACACUCUAUCUCUGGACUCAUGUCUCCCGCAUCUGAUACCAUGAGCAGUGGAUACCGAUCACCGACGCGUCCGCUCUCACCGACCCCUUCGUCAUCUUCCUCAUCAUCGAAUCAGAAGAGCUUUGCAAAGCUGAGAAAGAAGGUUGCCUCUGCAUUCUUCAACCACUCGCCCGCGUUUCGAAGUUCGGCCUCGUCUCCAACCAAAGAAACGCCUUCUAUUACGUUCCCUGUCCAAAGCGCGUCGGAUCUGCACAUCAACGUGCCUGAUCUGCGGCAUCGUAGCUCCGGCACCUUGCAUCCCUCCUAUCUUGCCCGCUCGCUCUCAAAUGUUUCUCACUCAAGCCGGCUUUCCAACACAUCAGCAAAUAUGUCCCCGACAUCGAGUGUCCAGCGAACCCGUGCGCGCAGCCAGACUUUAAACUCACUCGAUAACGACCGACGCGCCAGUGUCCGACGUGACCUACCACAACUCAGCCAGAUCACUGGACUCGCAAACCUCUUCUCGCUAAAGCUGCGCACUGGAAGUGAGCCGAAUUUCGCCGAACUGAAAGCAAAGCCACAGCUCGCGUCCUCGACUUCGAUCGCGACCAUCCCCACAGGGCCUUCGUCUUCUCCAAAGCAUGGUAAUUCACCGCUACCGCAUAUUACUCUGCCUGAUCACGAGGACGAAAACGAGAGUCCUGCAGAGACGACUCGUCUUUUCACAAAAAAGUCCUGGAUGUGUUUUGAUUUUACUGAUGAGCCUAUCGAUAUGGCGCUACGGAAAUUUACAGUUACCAAAAGAAACACAGCAGAUCGAUCGCGUUCUCGACGCGUUCACUACUGUAAUCCUGAAAUCUUCUUUUCCAAGGACCAGGCGUACGUUAUCGCGUUCUCACUCAUGAUCCUCCACACCGAUGCAUUCAACAAAAGCAACCGGCACAAAAUGCAAAAGUCAGACUACGUUCGCAACACGCAGACCGAAGGUAUCUCCAAAGACAUCCUAGAGUGCUUCUAUGACAACAUCACAUAUACCCCGUUCGUGCACAUGGAGGAAGAAAUUGAUCUCGGCACGCCGGCGUCUGAGAAGACCUUAGAACGCCCGCCGCUGCAGAGGCACCGGAAGAGUUUGGUUGGUCUUGCGAAGCAAAGUAGGGAGCCUAUCGACCCCUACAGCUAUAUUGUUGAGAACCGACUCUCGGAAUUACGUCCUCCGGUCUCAGACGUUUUACGAAGCACCGAGAAUCCGUAUUCUUACUCUGGAACGCUCCACAGUUCAACGUCAAGUCCUCUACUUCAAAUCCUUCCACCGCGUUCGCGCCAGUCGUCUAUAAUGAUGGAGCCGAGUAUUCCUCGCGAACCUUCGCUCAGUUAUAUCAAGAUUGCAAAGAUUGGAAUUCUCACGAGCAUCGAGCGUAAGAGGCGGAGGAUGAUCAAAUCGAGCUGGAGAUCAUGGGGUCUUCCUCACGCUCUCGCACAUCUAUUUUUUCCGCGACGUGAAUUGGUGCGUGGAUUGAUGGAUCAGUUGAGGCUUUCACGCCGACGAGAUGCUCGACGCGGCUAUCAGAAACACCGCAGCUCGUUUGUGAUUGUCCGAGGAAGCGAGGAGGACUGGUUCAUGGCAGACUCGCCGGAUGAGAUGAACGACUGGAUCAUCAAGAUCAACUACGCGUCAGCAUUGAGUACUUCUGGUGCAAAACUGCAAGGCGUGGAGUUGAAAGAGAACGGCGACCCAUUGAUGCGGCAUCUUGUCGCAGUCUGCGUCCCGUACAAGAUCUAA